UUUAAAAUACUAGGGUUUUUUACUCCACCACACACCUCUAUCGGCUUCUUCACUUUUACCCACCGAGAGAGAGAGUUCAAAAGAUUGAAGCACAGAGAGUUCAAAAGAUUGAAGCACACUCGGACUCAUCCAUGGCAUCUUCUUCACAGGCGAAUGUCCCAUAUCUUCGUCGCGACACUAUAGACCAGACGGAGGUUGCUAUCAGCACCUACUAUAGGGAUUCACAUUUUCCGGAGCUGGUUGAAACUUUAAAUGUGGUCGGCGAACAGUGCAAUUCAGAUUUAUUGGGAAGAUUUAGAGCAUCAUGUUUUGGGCAUUUCACUGAUUGGAGGCCCGGCGCGAAGAGCAAUAAAGCAUUACACCAGAUUGUAUCGAGGCAGAUUGUGUCAGAAGAAAAUGAGAUGUGCUUCUUUCUGUGCGGAGCACGAGUCAGAUUUUCCCCUGCGGACUACGCAUUAGUGACUGGGCUCAAUUUCGGGGGAUCGAGGUUCGAUGCGACAUUACAGCACGACUGCAGUCGCGUGGAGGCAUACCGACGAUUCUGCGGUACGCGAAGCAUGACCAUACAGUCGCUCAUCAAACGCGUGUGCGAUUUGGAUAGUCGAGUGGAUGAUGAGGAUGGGAGCCUGUACCUUCGUGCUGUCCUCGUGUGUGUGGCUCACACCCUUGUUCUUGGGCUGGAUGCGCGGGUACAGCCGUGGCUUUGGGUGUUGGUGGAUGAUCUGGCUGCAUUUGAUAGAUUCCCCUGGGGCGCGUAUUCGUAUAAGAUGUUAUGCCAUUAUACGAGAGAGACAGGAAAGGGCGAGAAGUAUCACUUCUACGGUCCUUCGUGGGCUUUAUAUGUCUGGGCAUUGGAGCGCGUCCCGGGCUUCGGACACAUGGUCGCAGCAUCUAGCGGUGAUCCGACAGCGCACCCUCGGUGUUUGAGAUGGACGUUCAGGGGUAAGCCGAAGCUUCACGGUCUGCGCGAUCUAUUCGAGGGACAGGGUGGUGUCAUGCCCCUGGACCCCGAUGCUGACGAUCUGUCGAGUCACUACUUCAUAUCAGCGCUGACACCGGGCGAACUCUCGGUGAGCUUCAGGCCCCCCGACAACCCAUUAGCUCGGGGUGUCCAAUUUCCACAGGGCACCGGAGCCCGUGUUGUGGAGGAGCGCGGGGACGAGGAGGAUGUACCUAGACAGCCUCGUACGACUCGCAGUCACAGUGUCCGGGGCCCUGUGAGGGAUGCUCGACAGCACGAGCCGGCUCGUCAUUCAGUAGAUCCGGGCAAGCGCCCUGUGAGGGAUGCUCGACCCCACGAGCCGGCUCGUCAUUCAGUAGAUCCGGGCAAGCGCCCAGCGCCGCAUACUUCUUCAUCGUCGAGCGGAUCUCGGACUGUAUCCAGUCCCAGCGAGGGUGAGGUGGAUCGUAAGUGGGUGAAGAAGACGAUCCGUCAGGAGAUUAAGAAGGCCUUCGGCAAAUUCGUGGAGAAAUUGAAGAGCAAGGGCAAAAAGGAUAGGUGCAAGAAGAGCAAACAUUUCCGAGUGCCCGACUCCCCUGAUGAUGAUGACCAGCGACGGUCCCCUGAUGAUUACCAGCCACGGUCUCCUCCACAGCGACGGUCUCCUCCACCCAGUGCUUCAGGGCCCGACGCUUCAGAGCCGGCUCGUCAUUCACGUUCCUGCGACGAUGACCCCCGCGGUGAGGAACCACGCCAUCCAGAGACCCAGGAUUACAACGAGCAGUGGCGGGCCAUGAAUCAGUCUGUUCAGGGCGACUACACACCGGCGGAGCAGACUUUUGACUGGUCGACCCAGGUCUACCCUCAUUGGUCUUCCCCAUUCCUGAAGCCGCAGUAUAGAACAGAGACCCCGAUAUUCUUUGCUGAACCGCUCACUUCUAUUGCACCAAUCCAUCCCCACCUUCGAAUGUAA